AUGAAUCGAUUCGACCUAAAUAGCGCCAUAUGUUUCUGCACAAAGACACGGGAAUACACGAUCAGCUAUACAGUCCAAGGAAAUCCUGAAGGACCUCCUCUAGUGUUCAUCCACGGCACGCCCUGGUCUUCUCGAGUAUGGGUGCCCUUCGCGGCAGCGUUGUCGUCUUCGUUCAAGAUUUAUCUUUUUGACAAUCCUGGAUACGGGCAAUCUCCUGGGGGUGUGAUAAUAUCUCCCCGCGAUCCGCAGGAUCUCGAUGCAUCUCUGGCGGGUCAAGCCGAAGCAUUUGCAUAUCUUCUGAGAGAGUGGGAUCUAACCGAGCCUCCUCAUGUCAUCGCCCAUGACAAUGGUGGACUGAUUGCGCUCCGGGCUAGCCUCAAUCAUGGUGCGGAAUAUGCUAGCCUCUGUUUGGUAGAUGUCGUUGCUGUCGGCCCUUUCGGUUCAACGUUCUUCAAGCUUGUUGCGGCAAACCAUGACGUAUUUAACGCUAUCCCUCAGGCCUUGAUGAACGGCUUGAUUCGCGCAUAUAUCCAAAGCGCCGCUUACAAACCACUUAGUCGAGAGGUAGAGGACAUGCUGCUGCUUCCUUGGACAUCAGCUGGAGUGCAGGGAAAAGCUGGUUUUCUGAGGCAGAUGAGGCAAGCCGAUCAUCGGCACGCUUCAGAUGUGGAACCUAGAUAUGGCGAGAUCGGAAAAAGGAUGCCUGUUAAGAUUAUAUGGGGCAAAGAAGACGCCUGGAUUCCCGUAGACCGAGCUAAAAAGUUAGCACACAUGAUUGGCGCCCACGAGAUGGUCAUUGUCGAGCAGGCAGGCCAUCUAAUACAUUACGACCAGCCAUUGCAGUUGAUCACAGAGCUGGAACUGUGGCUUUCGAAGAUGGUCAACUUUGAUCAGAGGCCACGAAAACCGCCGGGCUUUGUCAAAGAUACCUAG